GCCGGGCGCGACUCGGGCGCGUGAGUGCUGCGCGUGUGCGUGUGUGGCGAUCGCGGUCUCGGGGCGUUCUUCGCGGGGCCCGGAGGCUCGCGCCGCAGCCAGCGCCAUGCAGAACUACAAGUACGACAAGGCGAUCGUCCCCGAGAGCAAGAACGGCGGCAGCCCCGCGCUCAACAACAACCCCAGGAAGAGCGGCAGCAAGCGCGUGCUGCUCAUCUGCCUCGACCUCUUCUGCCUCUUCAUGGCGGCCCUGCCCUUCCUCAUCAUUGAGACCAGCACCAUCAAGCCUUACCGCCGAGGGUUUUACUGCAAUGACGAGAGCAUCAAGUACCCUCUGAAAGUCAAUGAGACCAUAAAUGACGCCGUGCUCUGCGCCGUGGGCAUUGUCAUCGCCAUUCUUGCCAUUAUCACAGGGGAAUUCUACCGGAUCUACUACCUGAAGGAGAAGUCCAGGUCGACCAUUCAGAAUCCCUACGUGGCUGCCCUCUACAAGCAAGUGGGCUGCUUCCUCUUUGGCUGUGCCAUCAGCCAGUCCUUCACAGACAUUGCCAAAGUGUCCAUCGGGCGCCUGCGUCCUCACUUCCUGAGUGUCUGCAACCCUGAUUUUAACCAGAUCAACUGCUCUGAGGGCUACAUUCAGAACUACAGGUGCAGAGGCGAAGACAGCAAAGUGCAGGAAGCUCGGAAGUCCUUCUUCUCUGGCCACGCCUCCUUCUCCAUGUACACUAUGCUGUAUCUGGUGCUAUACCUGCAGGCUCGCUUUACCUGGAAAGGCGCCCGCCUGCUCCGGCCCCUCCUACAGUUCACCUUGCUCAUGAUGGCCUUCUACACAGGACUGUCCCGCAUAUCUGACCACAAGCACCAUCCCGGUGAUGUACUGGCAGGAUUUGUUCAAGGAGCCCUAGUGGCCUGCUGCAUAGUGUUCUUCGUGUCAGACCUCUUCAAGACCAAGACAACACUGUCACUGCCUCCUGCUGCCAUCAGGAAGGAUAUCCUGUCACCCGUGGAUGUCAUUGACAGGAACAAUCACCACAACAUGGUGUAGGUGCUGCUGCCUCCGGAGCUGUCUUUGUAAAAUGACUGCUGACAGCAAGUUCCUGCUGCUCGCCAAUCUCAUCAGACAGUAGAAUGUAGGGAAAACCUCUGUGCCCAAUUGAUUUUUUUUUAAUUAUUUUUAAUGCAACAAACAAAGAAAAGUCUUAACCUUGUGGCCUUCCAAAAUAGGUAGUCUUCACCUAUGUGGAAACAAGCAAACAAAAACCCAGCAAACUUAACACCAAGUGCCGGAGUCCUGGAUGUGCAAUUGGUUUUUAAGAGUUCAUGUUCUCUGGGGGUCAUGGGCUUGUUCAGGGCCAUAUGCUCACCUGAUUGAGCAGAGUCUGCUGGUCAGUCACCUUGUAGGACCUGAGUAAUCCCAGGCCUGGGAGGAAAGCUCAAAUUUUUAUUGUAAGCACAGGAUGCCAGAAACAGCACUGAAUCCAGAGCAUCCAUCGCCAGGGAGGGCAUCCCCUCUUAUAGCCUCUGUCCAUCCCAGAACCACAGCGGGCAUCCCCUCUUACAUCCCUCUGCCCAUCCGGUUCUGUUCUCUACUGUGACUUUGGUUCAGGAAGUUUUGUUUUGGUCUUGGAAUAUAAGAGAUGAACCACGUUGCACAGUCAUGUGAUCAGAUCCUGAAUCCAGAUUCCACCCCCCCCCCCCCCGCCCCCUUCCUGGUCCUUAGGCCUUUAUCCUCUUUCCCCAGCUCACAAAUCAACACUUUAAAGAUUAGGAGACUCUUUGUGGAAGAGUGAGCUUCACAAACAGCACAAUUUCAGAGGAAAUGGAGACUACAGGUCCUCAUUUGCUUCUUUUGACGCAUCAUCCUGUGAUUCGGGGAAAGCUGAUUUACAGGAUGCUGAAUACAUCAAUCACUGGGCACUUUCACACUUAGAAAUGGUUAGACUUCAGUUAUUGCUGUCUCCUUUGAAAUCCUUGCUAUGUACCUACCAGGAUUCCCUGUGAGGUCCAGGGAUGAGCAAAGGCAUGGUCUGCCUCCGGCUGAUGGAAAGCAGCCGCUGUUCAAGAAACAGGGAAGGGAAAAGGGGAAGAAAGAGAAUCACACCACCCUUCUGGGUACUCCAAGUCAGAAGGAGCCAGAGUUAGCAGCUGAGCUGAUGCUGGCCUGCCAGAGAGGCUACCCUUGACAAUAAUGGAGUGGAGAAGGUCUUUUUGGGAAUUGCUCUUGUUAAGCUGUGUAAAACACUAUUGUCUUGGGGUUGACCCCUGGGGCAGUUCUUGGUGGGUUCUGCUGGGCAGAACACAUGGUUUAAAGCUCUGAACAGAGUCGUCCUCAUCCUCUAUCCGUAAGUGUCCUUCAAGCAAGGUCCCACUGUGGGCGGUAGUAAGGGGCCCUCUUUACUGAACUACCAAGGAAAGGAGGAAAGAAGAAAUGCAAAUCUCUUGGUCUUGGAUGCAAAUCUCUCAAAGGGCUACAUGAACCCUAUGACAGACCACGUGCACAUCCCACCACAGACUCCGUCCUUUCAUUUCAACGUAUAGCAAGCUAUGAUUUUUAUAUAUAAAUAUUAUAUAAAUAAUGUAUAAAACCUUAAAAGUUAACUAUGUAAAAUAUUAUUUCUGAAACAAUUUUAGCUAUAUCCACUAUGAUUAUAAACUGUGUCUCGACCUGUGUCAUUUACUUUAGCUGCUUCAAAAAGCACCGAGUUAAUUUUGUUGUUUUUUUUUUUUUAAUCUCAACUAAAAUAUCAUAGUUCUGUGGUAGCUAUCAUUUUACAACAAGAGAAAUAACUGCAACUAGAGAAAAGUGUAUAAAAAAACAUUAAAUUGUCAGUAUUUUUGUAAGGCUCCAUUUUUGUAAAGAGAAUAAUAUUCAAAAGACUUUUGUAGCAUACAAAGUGAAAACUUGUAUCUGCGAAACUAUACUUGUAUUAAAUGUGCUUUUUAAAAUAAAAGCUCAUAACACAACUAA